CUCCCGCCAACGGGAGCUUGGAAGCCUUCACUCAACAUCUCCACAGUCCUCUCCUCCAUUCAGCUGCUCAUGGCUGAGCCUAAUCCAGACGAUCCUCUCAUGGCUGAUAUAUCGUCAGAGUUUAAAUACAACAAAUCGCUGUUCAUGGAAAAAGCCAGGAGGUGGACACAAUGCCAUGCUGUUCAAAAAAACACAGCUGUCGCUGACGCUGACAAAGAAAAUUCCCAAAGUGAGAAUGCCUCGUCUCGAAAAAGAGAGGCAGCCUCUGCCCGGUUGGAGGAGGAAGAGGAGGAGCAAACAAAGAAGACCUGUGUUUAAGUUUCCACCUUAAUGUCAGGUUCAUCUUCAUAUUUAACAUUUUAAUCACCUCUAUGAACGUAUUAAACUCUUCAAAUCUC